CGUCAUUUUGCGUUUAUACCUACUGCCGUAAGUGGACUGUCGGAAAAAUUUUUGGAGCAUUUGAUUCGAUUCGAUCUGAUCUUCUUAAUUAAUCGGUAAAAUAAUAAAAGAACGGAAAAAACGUCGCUUUACUAGUAAAAAAACGCAGAGUAAAACUUACCUUGAAAAACAUAUCAAAAAUUCGUUCUGAAUUCGGAAGAAAAAACACGGACACGACACCACAAUACACGUAACGGCGAGUGGGGCGUUGGAUAGUGGAUAACAAAUAAAUCUCAAACAUCAUCGCUCUCCAUCUACACAGUACCUCUGUUUUGUUAAUGGAUAUUAAUACACACCCCAGCAAGCAAUUAUAAGAAAAAUAUUUCGUAAUUCGUAAGACCAGAAACAAAUUCACGAAAUUAAAUAAAAAAGAAAAGAAUCACCUUAAAAAAGUGAAAGUGAAAAAUUGCAAGAAUUUUGCUUUAACAUAAAUAAAUGAACAAAAGUCAGUAGGACAGAAAAAGGCGGAAAACUGAGACUGACCUCAAAACAGGUGCCUAGAGAAAAAAAAUUGUAAAAAGUUUUUCAUUAUUUCAAAAUAACUAAAAACUAAACACCAUCGAAGCAGCUACACCAACAGCAGCAGCAGCUGAAAAAUGAGUGGAUACACAGAAAGCACACGAAACUGUUUGCGCCGCAUAGCCCGUCAUGAUGAACUGCAAUUUUCCAAAGACAGCAUUGUCAAUGUUAUGGAGAAGUUUGUGAAGACGGUUAAUGUCAUGGAUGAUACAAUAUUAGUUCCGUGCAGGCUCAUGGACCGACAGGUGGGUGAUAGUACUGAUAUUAUACCAACUCCUGGCAAAAAUGUGACCUCCAAUCAACACACAAUGUUACCAACCACCAAUGGCAAACGCAAUACUGUCAAUUCUAAAAAUGUUCACGAGUUCCUCCACUCUUCGGAGCUCUCCAAUCUCUACAAUGUACUGAAUGCCUUGAAAAAUGACCUCUUGUGGACUGGCAAAGAUGAAUCCGAAGAUUUGGACGAACAACCCAAGAGUUGUUUGGAUAACAGCGAAGCUAAGACUGAAAUCAUUUGCACCGCCUCAGCAAACAACAAUAACAGCAGCAGCAACAGCAACACAAUGACAUCAUCGAAGGGACAUGUCAGACGUCCCUCCACCGCCUCAAUGGCCUCGAUUGCCUCCGUAAGUCAGCUGAGUGAUUCUGAAAGUGAUAUAUCCAAUGAAAAUGACUCAGGCGUUGAGUCGGAGAGCAAUAAAAAUGGCAGCAGCAGCAGCGAAGAUGGCGAUGUGCACAAUAAGAAACCAGCCAAUGUUGACAAAGCCACCGAAUUGGCCAAACGUUGCCGGAGACAUUUGAAUGGCUUGUAUCAGUGUCUCGAACAAAUGACAGAAGCAGCCAACUACUUGACUGCUCGAUACCAAAGUGAUAUUGGUGGCCCCGUAUAGGGCUGUGCAACGUUGUAGGAAUAGUAGUUAGUCCAUAAUAGAAACUAACUAUGAUGCUAUGCUAAUCAUACAAAAAGCGGGGUUCGGGAAUACUACUUCGCCAACAAAAUACUGGGGGUUCAUGGUACUAGUUUAGUUUAACAAAACAGUUUGUUUUAGUAGGUCUUAAUCCAAUGUGUGGUACAUUUGAAAAAUGCAUGCUAAAAACACGUGAAUUAAACAAACAGAAAAUAAAACCACAAGAAAACACAAACACACACACUCAAACACACACACACAUACACACAUAUACACCAACACACAUACGAAAAUGGAUAUUAAUAUCUAGCAUAAGAAGUAUCAUUAAAUAUGUCAUAGGUAGUCUAAAAUGAUGGGGUGAAGAAGGAACAACUAAAUUGUAAUUUUCUGUUUUGAGAAACCCUACAACAGCAUCAGGACAGCAGGCUACAUUCACUUCGUGGGUGAAGUGAAGAGGCUAGCUAAAAAAAAACAGUAAAAAAUGCAAAAGAAUUGAAGGGAAGAAAAAAAAACAAAUUAUGGAAAAAAUCUAAAACAAGCCCAAGCCCCCGUUAAGGAUGAUAACCGCGUGAAUGAGAAAAAAACAAGAAAAACGCAACUAGGCUUGGGCUAGUGGAAAUGGAACUGUUUGUUUGUUAGUCCACCAACUAGGGGACACGGUAAUGGAAAAUAUGGGUUUUUUUGUGUGUGUUUUAACCGUGUCGUCUUUCAAAUAUUCAGUUCAGUUUUAUUUUCCCACUCAAAACUCAAGCUACACAAUAGAGACUGAAUAGGUUUGUAUGUGAUGAUGGUAUUUCCUCUCUACAAACUCCGAGUGUACAGAUAUCAAUUUUUAUCUUCAAUUGGCCUUUUCAUGCUUUCGCACACACACACACACACACACACAUGAUGAAAACGGUAGUCUUUAAUCAAAUCUCUAGCAUUCCUCACUUCUUUCCGUUGAUAUUUAGUUUUGAUGUUUUCUUUUGCUCUCAAUUGUGAAACCUCAAAAAUCUCAUAUUGACAACAUUGAUUCAAGCUGUUUUGGGUUUGUGGGUUUGUUUUUUUGAUUAUCACAGAUUUGAUGUUUAGUAGAGCAACGCAACAAAAACAAAAAUAGAUAAUUUGAAUUAUUGGUGAUGAAACACCAAACAUUGAAAUCAAAAACACCUUUUCAAGUCAAUUUGGAUUCAAAAAGACACUCUCAAAAGCACCUCCACCAUCACCUCAAACCAAACAACCAACCACUCUUGUUAUUGUUGAAGAAUUAAAAAUGAUAAAUGAUUGAGAAUAGAAAUGUGAUUUUCCAAAUGUUA